AUGAAUAAAACUGAUAAUGGUAAGAUCUCAUCUGCUACUGAACAAGAAUUGGUGGAAACCGUAAUUAAGGUAUUUCAUAAGAUUGAUAAAAAUGAAAUCAAUAGUAAAGAAUUGAAUAAGCUGGCUUUGAAAUUAGUUAAUACGUUAAGAUUUGUAAGAUCUGACAUUGCCAUCAUCGAUAACAAGAAUUUAGAAAUUUUAAAUAAAAUAGAUAUCUUCACACCUUUGAUUAAAUCAAAAAUAAAUUUGGAUAUUAUAUGUAUUAUCUUUGUUUAUUGCUCGAUUAUAAACCAAUUCAAUCCAUUAAUUAUAAACUCGAUUAAUAAUUGGAGUAAACUAUUACUAGUAGAUUUAAAUAUUGACGAAAGUUUUGAUGAUAAAGAUUAUUCGUUAGGUUUUUAUUCUGUCAUCUCAUAUGUAGAAAAAAUUGAAGAAAUUAAUCUAGAUUCAUUACAAUUCUUCCAAUUGAAUUUAACUGAAACUUUUAUAAAGAAUUGGAUUCCAUCGUGGUUGAAUUUUAACAACGAGUUGAACGUCAAUAACUUCUUCGAGGUCCAAAAAGAUAAUCUAUCAAAUAUCAUCCUGAAUGAAUCAAUUUUGGAUUUCUAUAUCUCAACUUUAUUAAUUACAAAAGAAAAUAUUCAAUCUUUAUUCCAAUUAUCAAAAAAAAAUACUGACUUAUCUUAUUUCAUUGAUAAAAUAUUGAAAAGAGUUUGCUUAAAUGUAAGUUGGUUACCAAAUGACAUACGAAUUAUGAUGAUUUCAGCCUUUCUUAAAAAUGACAUUAAUUUAGAAAAUUCAAAUUCAGAUAAUACUGGCUUAGCAUUCGAUUUACAAGUCGUUAUGGAAUUAAUUGAUCACCCUGAAAUGAAUUAUUUAGAAGAAUCAAAAUUACUAAUGUUACUUUACUCAUCUUUAUUAAAUAUUAAAAAAUCUUAUUGUACAGAAUUACAUAAAACUUUAGGUACAAUAGGUUCAACUCAAUCACUUCCGGCUUUGAUUAAUAUUUUACAAUUUUUACUAUCAAAGUUUGUUAUUAAUAUUGGAAAUAUUACAGAAUUAACAAGUUCUUUAAAUAUACAGCAGAUCAAUACUGAUCCAAAUUGGUUUAAAUAUAAAAAUUCAAAAUAUCAAUUGCCAAAAUGGUACGAAAUAAAUAUAUUACCACCAAUACCUCCAAUUUCAAAAUCCCUAUUCGUUUUUGAACAAAAUUCUCAGGACAAAUUCUAUGGAAAUGACUAUAUCUAUAACACUUCAUUGAUAUUACACUGUUUGAUCUUAGUUAUUUCAAUUAAUAUUGAACUUUUACGACAAUAUAAAUUACUUUCUAUAGAUCCUUUGGUUUUAAAUGGAUUUGAAAAAAAUUUGAAUUUGAAACAUAAAUUAAUUCAACAAUAUUUAGAAUUAUACUUUAUUCCAAUGAUGUCUUCAUUGCUAUUGAGUAACAAAUUAAUUAAUCAUCCAUUGCCAUUAUUAGGUGAAAAAAAAAGUAUCCUACUAAGCAAAUUUCUAUUUUCAAGUUGUAUAAAGGUUUGUGAAGAAUUAACAAAGACUCACGGUAAUAUAGUUCUGUAUCACUUGAUCAAAUUCAUAUCAAAGGCUUCAGUAGAUGAUCUUAUAAUUCAAAACAUUUCGAUCAAUUUAUUGAAUCAUUUGUUCUUUCAUAAUCAACAAAACUCAGGAAAUUCAGGAAAGAACAAUACAAUUAUACAACUAUGUUUAGAAAAUGAAUUAACUACUCAGAUAUUACAUAGUUAUAUUAACAUAUGGAAUGAUGGUACAGAAGUUUAUUCUAAGUUUUUCAAAGAUAUUUUUAGCACUGAUCAACCUAAUGUAGAUGAGAAAGAAUUUACCUUUGCAGAACUUUUUGAAUUUUUACCAGGAUAUCAAGAGUAUAGCAAAAUAACUGAUCAUGAAAUGACACACUCCACCUCAGCUGCAACAUCUACAGCGAACUACAGCGAACCUUCUCCAGAUCAAUCAUCUACAAAUAUAUCCGGUGUGUCCCCAUCAAUGACAUCAGGAAAAUUUAACGCAUAUUCGGCAUCAUCAUUUAUCCCAUCAAAUAAAAGUUAUGGAAUGCCUAAUUCCAGUGAAGCAAACAUAUCUACAGUUUCCAACAAUUCUUAUUAUUAUAAUCCAAUGACAAACAACAACACGAAUAAUAAUCCAGUAGGUAUGUAUAUGCCAAAAUUGGAAACUUCGAACACACCAACAUACUCAUCAGCACAACAUAAUAAUGAAAAUAAUAUAUCUGUCACUUCAGACUUACAAUCAUUCAAUAAUUCACAAUUUACAGGGAAUAGAAUGAUAUUAAGUGGGAAUCCAGGAAAUAAUAUUACAAGCACACCAUCCACCCCUAGUAAUCCAUCGUCUUCUAAUAUAUUUUCAAACACUUGGGGAACGCCAACAAAUGUAAAUACAAAAUUCCAAUCAAGUAUGGUCGUUAACACAGGAAAAAAUUAUAUAUUGGGUGGACAUAAUAGAAUUAAAAACAAUAGCAGGGCACAAUCAAUUCAUAUUGAUAAGUUUGAAAACAAUGAUUAA